ACAUAUUAUAUGCUAGACAAUUUCGAAAACAUCCUAAAUGUGAUUUUGGUAUAAAAACAUCUUUUGUUUAUGCUUCAAACCUCAACCACUGGUUCGGUCGUUUCUCUUUGGAAGCCAUCGCCAUCUGUUCUUCCUCCGCAAAGAGAAAUUAUGGGUAAUAAAUAUAGAAAUCGGAAUAUACUGUAAAACUUUCCUAAUAAAAAGGCUGAAACCCAGUAAACCCAUUAUUCGAUCCUUCCUAUGGUAAUCUUCACUCUCACCCUUACUCUCACACUCACUCACUACUCAUACGCUUGCCACCUCCAUGGUUUCUGUUUUGAAGCCACCACCCCUCUGUUUGGAAGGUCGUCAUCACUGUGAGCAAGAGCAAAAAGGACAUCAAAAAACAUUAGGACGGCUCUGGGGCGGAGAAAUAGUAACAAUUUACAAGACAAGGAAUUAUUAGAAAGAAAAGAAAGCAGAAGGGAAACUCAGGUUCAAUUGUAAAAGAUGAGUUUAAUAUCUCAGAAAGCUCGUCCUAAAAAUGAGACCAAAAGGGAGGAGGACGUUAAAGAAAAAGAGGUUGAAGACGGUAAAGAGUGUGAUGUUGAUAUCCUGGAAGUCAAAAGGAGGAAGACGGAAGAGACAAUUGGUCGAGUUAAAAGGCAGAGAUUUAAAUCUAUAAAAAAGUGCACUUACUCUGACUCACAUCAUCACGAUCAUGCAACAAACAAGCAGAAUAUGAUUAUUCAGCAAAACUCAAACAGUAGUAAGAAUUUUGAACUGUUUUCAAAGCUUCCUCGAGACUUGAUGCUUGCUAUCCUUAGUUUGGUUCCUCUUAAGUGUCUGCUUAACUCUGCAAGGCACGUUUCCAAACCUUGGGCUACUGCUAUUCAAGCCUGCCUACCUGCUAAACCACCUGGUCUUUACAUUGAAAGUUUGAUUCCAACAGUGACUUCUUAUUUCUUGAAUAUUCAAGACUAUGUCAAGGGACAAUCUGAAAGGAUUUAUUUGGGACCCCCUUUGAAAUUGGGAUUUAUAGUCGCUAUUUGUGAUGGCAUGUUGCUGCUUUGUAAUUGUUUUGGACUUACUUACGUCGUAAACCCCAUCCUUAAGUGCUGCUUUAGAUUUCCUCCUUUACCCUCUUCAAAACAAGGGGUUCACAGGCGAUCUACUAUAGCAUGUGUUCCCCGCACUGCCAAAUUCAAGGUGUUCUUAAUAGAUUGCCAAAAUGUUUCGAGGGUCAAUUGGUAUAUUUUCUACGUCCUAAGAAUUGGAAUAGACACCACAUGGAAAGAGAUAGUUAGAAAAGAAUAUAACUUGCGGGAUUACAAGUGUUGUCUUUUAUGGAAACCAGUUUAUAAUGGAGACAAUGAUAUUUAUUGGAUAACAAGGGAUGGAGUGAUUGUGAUGGAUGUUGACAAGGAAAUUAUUAUAAGAGAAUAUCCACUCCCCCCUCAAAGAGGAGUGUAUAAUAUUAAUCCAAAUGCAGUUUAUUUAUGGAUGGGAGAUCGUCUUUCUUGCAUUGUGGAUGAAAAAGACACUAUAACAUAUCAAAUCUUUACUUUAGAUAUGGAUUCAGGAAAAUGGACUCUUUAUCAUGUGAUAGGACCUUUUGAUAAUACUAUUUGCCCCCGUAAGCGUGGUUUUGAUUUUGAUAUACAGGGGACGGUUGUGUUGUUUCUGUUUUGGUUCAAUGACCAAAUUAUCUUUAGAGUAGAGUUCAUUCCAACACGAAUGCCACGAAAGUCAUAUAUACAAAUGUCAAUGUCAUCUACACGAAGAUUACCAACGGAAAAAGUACAUUUUUGUUACAAUGUCAAGACCAGACAACUGACAAAGAUUGAUUGCAUUCCAAUGGGCAAUUUUAAGGCGUGGCUUCAGACCAAUUCUCUAACUCGUUGUUAAGUACUCCAAUGUAUGCUAUGUAGUAGUAUUUAUAUUUCUCCUGCUUGGCCAAAGCAGGGAAAAGAAUGAGUAUUUAUAUUCCUAUUUCAUUAUUAUUAUGUACAUUUGCUAUGGCCAAACUACAGGUCAAGUUUUAAGGGGUUGUUUCAAUUUAUUUAUCAUCAAAUUUGUAGUUCGAUUCAA